AACCAAUCAGAGCAGAGAAGGAAAGACCAUACUGCAGAAAGUUGCGGAGCAACAUCAACGCCUUCUCAUUACUCCGCACUCAGACUCUUUGAAAUACGUAGCCUACACUGUCAAGUUGAUCAGCGGUGCGGAGCUCUCUUAGAGAACCAGAGACGAGUGUUGAAGAGCAUUCCUAACGCAUUCAGAAAUGUUGGCUUGUACGGAGAUGAUCACUAUGUGCCUGCAGUCGGCGAAACAGAAGCAUCUUCGGGCGCAGCAGCAGCAGCAGCAGCCGCAACUGCAUAACCUUGUACAUGGACUUCCAAUAUUUCACGAUAUUUUCCGCCGUGCUGACAAAAACGACGACGGGAAGCUGUCGUUUGAUGAGUUCAAUGCUUACUUCGCUGACGGGGUGCUCACCACCGAGGAGCUACAGGAGCUGUUCUAUUCCAUAGAUGGCCGACAGAACAACAACCUAGACACUGACAAGCUAUCAGAUUAUUUCUCUCAGCACUUGGGGGAGUACCUGAAUGUCCUCUCUGCUUUAGACAACCUGAACAUUGCCAUUCUGAAGGCAAUGGACAAAACUAAAGAGGAGUACCAGGGUUCCAGCGUGCUGGGUCAGUUUGUGACCAGGUUCAUGCUGAGGGAGACCUCCAGCCAGCUGCAGUCUCUCCAAAGGUCCCUGCAGUGCGCCAUGGAGGCCGUGGAGGAGCAGAGCAGCCCCGCCCCGAGGGAGGUGAAAGCGACAGAGCAGUACACCGGAGAGAGGAACAGCAGGAGGUGUGGCCGCAGGCUCCAGAAAAAACUUUGUCUGUCCCCGACGGAGCCCCGCUCAGGCGCCUUCACCACAGGAGUAACCAUGGACACGGAGGAUAAUUGGUGUUCCCAGGUCAACCGGCUGCAGCAACUUCUUGAUAAGCUGGAGUGUCAGAGUCCUAAAUUGGAACCCCUGAAGGAGGAUUCCUUGGCCAGUACAUACAAAUCGAACAUCCUGCUCGUCCAGAGGCAGAUGGCCGUGAUGGAGGAGGAUCUGGAGGACUUCCAGAAGGUUCUCAAGAGCUAUGUGGACGCCACCUCCACCCAGGACGACAACCUACAUGUGUCUCUCCAGAAGAUCCCAGGGAAGUUGUGCUACAUAAUGUAUGAGUUCUGGCAGGAUCGUCUCUCCUGGAUGAGCUACCUGCAGUCGAAUGCUAGUAAGAAUUUCCAGCGUUGUGUCAUUGAUAUGCUCGAGGAUCCUGAAGUUGUGUCCACCAUGGUGCUCCCAGCAUCCUGGUGGAUUAUGACAAACAACAACUAAGAAGGGAACACAGGCGGUUAUGUCUCCUGCCCAUUCACACACACACACACACACACACACACACACACACACACACGCAAACCAAGACCAUGAUUCUAAAGGCCUCCAUGUCUUUCUGUUCAAAGCGCGAAGAGAGAAAAUGUUGGCGAGCACACAGCAUCAAGGUGCAUCUCUUCAUAUUCCACUGCCUCUGACUAGUCAUUAAUGUGCUGUUCAUUUCAAAAGAGGGAGAGAUUUGGGGUUAUUUGCAACACUGGGCAUGUACAAACAUAAAAGUGAUUCUAUGCCAUGCAAAAGCCGAUAAUAAUGCUUUUGAAGCUUUCUCUUUGAUACAGUGCUGCAGUAUCACAAGACUAGAUUAAACGGAUUAUCCUAGGGGGGCUACUUUAGUGCAUUGAAACCGAAUAAACUCUUUAAACGCCUUGUUUACUGUCUCGGAUGACAAUUAAGUAGAAUCAGUGGGGUUAGCAGUCUCCUAUGCAUGCUGAACAACCUUUACCAAGACUCAGAGAUAGUUGCUUUGCAUUCUGGCUGCUUGGUGUUUUUAUUUUCUUAAAGGAGACUAUUGUGUGACGUGUUUAGAAUGACAAACAGUUGUAGAGAUUAGUGAUGAUACACCUCACUGCUUCAGGAGAUAAGGAGUUCCAUUCCAACCUUCUAUUAUUAGGGUUCUCCGGUGGCGGUUUGUUUGCAUCACCCCACCCAUGAAUGUACUGUACAUGUGAUUUUACUCAACAUGUAGCUUAAACUUCGACCUGGAACCAAUUCUUGGAGAAGGACUGAUCCUUUGGAUCUGGGCUUUGUUUAUCAAUGGUCAACUCCAUUUGUAGAUACUGUUUAAGGGGCCCAGACAUGUUCGUAUUCGUUUUCAUAUGUAGUUUUAAUUGUGCCGUUUUAAGAGAAAGCAUUGUAUUACCUCCAUGUAAACAUCAAAUAAACUUUAAUAAAAGUCUAUGAGA